CCGGAAGCAGGAAAUGCUUGCUUCCCAUGCUUCGGGGAGAAGGAGACAGUGCGAGUUCCCGAGCAGCUCUUUCAGACUUUUGAAUGUCCCAGAGAGUGAAAUCAACACUGGAUCCACAGCCCUUGAACUUGGAUGGCCUAGGUUGUCCCUGGAUACAGCCUCCCAAAGCACAAGCACGUCCAGCAAGCGAUUUCUUGCCUCAUCCAGUCAGCAGAGAUUCUGUUCCCCAGGGCUAAUAGAGCAGCAUGUCCCAAGCUACUAAGCGCAAACAUGUGGUGAAAGAAGUCCUAGAGGACUACGUGGUUCCUUCAGAGCGGCAACAGGUUGUUCGGGUGCUGGGGACACCAGGCAAUAACCUCCAUGAGGUGGAGACGCCAGAAGGGGCAAGGUUUCUUGUGAGCAUGCCCACCAAAUUCCGCAAGAACAUUUGGAUCAAAAGAGGUGACUUCUUGCUGGUGGAUCCCAUAGAAGAAGGGGAGAAAGUAAAAGCAGAAAUCAGUUCCGUACUGUACAAGGACCAUAUUUGCUAUCUGAAGAAGGAAGGAUACUGGCCUACUGCCUUCUCAUCUGAUGCUUCAGGAACUCAUAGCAGUGCUAAAGCCAGGGAUGGAGCACAAAGCCCCCCACGUUCUGCAGGGGAAGACGACUCCGAGGAUGACGACAGUGACUUGUUUGUGAACACAAACCGUGUGAACUACGGCUGCACAGAGAGCGAGGACAGCAGCGAUUCAGAGGAGGAAGAGAAAUAACUGGGGAGGCCAUGGCAGCAGAGGCCUGGCCAGACCUUUGCUUGUCCCUGCCUCUUCAUCUGGACUGUCAGUCCCUUUGGGAGAAGCUGCUGUGGACAGAGUACAAGGCCAGGCAGCCUUUUCAAUAGCAAAAGCUCCCUCUUUCAAGAGUGCUUUAAUUCCCUCUAGACUGGAUGCUCUACUCCCAGUUCAUGUCCUGUUUCCCUUUUGCCUUAUUUAAUAAAACGGGGUCUAUCCCAUCUUGC